GAGGACGACGCCCUGCCCCGCCACGCCCGCCGGCCCAGACACACGCCGCGUCUCGCAGCGUCAUGCCGCGGUGACGCCCGCCUUCUUCGCGCCCUUGUCGUUGUCGUUCGCGAGUGAGUGUGUGCAGUGCAGUGCCAGUGCACGAUGGCGCUCAACGGGGUGCACAAGUGGUCCAUGGAGACAGCCCGCUACCCGCCUUCGCACCACUCCCGCUCCCUGCACGGCGGUUCGUCCUGGGCCACGCGGGAGGCGCGGCCUGUCGACGUGUUCCUGGCCUUGGCGGUGGCGCUCGUGGUCAUCGCCGUGCUAUGCAUCGCUGGACUCGCCAUCUACCUCGGCGCCAUGAGGAUCGACGCCCGAAACACGGACAUCGUCCUGGACGGCCGGCUGCAGGUGUCUGGCGGCGCGCCCUCCGCGCCGCAGCUGCAGCUCGCCCUGCUCAACUCGUCGUCUGCCGCCUUCCAGCAAGCGGCCCGCUUCUACACGACCCUGCUGGACCGCGUCUACAAGCGCAGCGAGCUGGGCCCGGCGCUCCGCUCCGCCUCCGUGAGGGGCUUCAGCCUGCGCAGCUCCACCCUGGUCGUGUUCUUCAGGCUUCAGCUGGAUCGCAGGCGCACCACCACGAUCGAGGUAGAGGAGGUGGCCAAAGGCGUGCUGGUGCAGGAGGCCACCGCGCUUAAGCCCAUCGCCUUCACCGACAUGCAGAUGGACGCCGAGCACAUCGUCAUUAAACGCCAUGAAGAGCACCAGGACGACGAGGACUCGGAGCGGAAGAACGCGACUCGCACGGAGACGCAGGGCGCGGCGCCGGGCGGGCUGGGCGCCAAGGGGGACCACGCGCUGCCCGGACGACCCCCUCCGAGCCCCGCAGCCACCGUGUCCUCGCUGUCCGCCGUGACCACACGGCCGCUCGUCUUGUCCACCUCCAACCGAGGGCAGUCCGCCCGCCCGGCCCGCACCACCACCACGACCACCACAACCACCACCACAACGACGACCACGGCGCCGACGUCCGCUUGGGAGGACGCGACACUCACCUUCACGGGGUCGUUCAUGGGGGCCUUCACGGGCGCGCCGGCCACCGAGAUACUGAGCCGGAACCAAGCCGGCGGCCAAAUCAUGGCGCUGGACGACGCCGAGGUGGCCACCACCCUGCCGCCGGCGCCGCCCCCGCCAUCGCCCCCGCCAUCGCCCACCGAGGCCACCGAGCCAGCGAGGAUGACGUCCGCCCGGCCCGUGGCGCCUCACGCUCCGCCGCACCCCACCGGCAUGGUCGAGCCCAUAGCCAAGGAGGAUGUCAUCGUGGACCCGUGGAACGCGCCGUACGGCGGCUCCGCGACGAGGAGACCGCCACCGAUGUCCCCGCCGAUUUCAAUCCAGGAGGACGACGACGAUCUGUCCUCGUGGAGGCCCGUCCGGCCAACGCACCAGCACCACGUCGCCACGGCUGCCGCGGUACCGAUCCUGCUGCCGACGGCCAGCGACGAGGACGACGGCGUUGCUGCGGUGGGCGUGGCCGAGGUUGUGGCCAUCCCGUCGUCCGCGCUGGAGGGCUCCAUCAACCCGCCGUCCGGGCCGCCCCCCUCGCUCCUGGACCGCCUCAGCCUCAGCCCGUCCGAGGCCUUCCGCCAGGACCUACUCCUGGAGCGCACCAACCAGUCGAGGCAGCCCGUCAGCGCGUACGCUGGCGACUUGGACGUCGGCGUGGACGUGCCCGUCGUGUCGGGCGUGGCCACCAGUGUGCAGAGCGCGCCGGGUGCGGUCGGUCGGCCCGGCGACACCAUCUCCAAGAUCUCGUUGAUCGUGUCGGGCGAGGAGGACGACGAGGACUCGGAGACGAGCAUUCUGCAGACAGGCAGUGGGUCCAUUGUCAUUAAGGACGAUAGCCGUGCCGGCACCAGCACGACGUUGAGCACGACGGCCUCCACCACCACCACCGCCGCGACGAAUCCGACGGCGACCUCUACCACCAUCACCACCGCGCCGGCGCCCGCCACGACAGAGGCCUCCACCGUCAGGCAAGAAGUGGCCAAGGCGGAGAUGCGGAACAGUAACAUUCGCAUGCCGGGGCUGUUCGCAUUGCCGGACUUCCCGCUGCUUCAGCAGUUCCCGAACCUGCUCUCCGUCAAGCAGGCCAUCGGGCAGGACGGCGAACCGGUGCAGCAAAGAGUGGAGCUGCAGCAUCAUCAACAGCAGCGAGUAGAACAACAUCAUGAGCAACAUCAACAACGGGUGGACCUCCUGCAGCAGCAGCAGCAGAAGGUGGAGGAACAGAAAAGGAUAGAGGAGAAGCCUCAGCAGCCAAGCGAGGAGCAGAGGACUGGCGGCACGACGACCGUCAAGCCCGCGGUGCCUUCGUCCGAGGAGUCGGUGACCAUCGUCACCUUGCUGCCCGUCCGCUCGAACUCGGGCCUGCGGAGGCCGCUGCGCCGGAAGCCCCCGACCAAGCCGCAGCCGUCUGCCGUCCCGGUCCUUGUGGCCCCCGCCCUGGCGUCCCCCGCCUUGCCGCCCCCUACACUCGCAGCCCCCAGUCCACCGCCUCCUCCGACCACGGCCGCAACCCCCGCCCCUACAGAGCCGCAAACGCCCACGCCGCCGCCCAGCGCCGCGCAGAAGAAGCAGGAAGACAGCGCCAAGAUCCUGUCCAGCUUGAAGCUGGUGCUGGAGUCCAGGCAGAGCCACUACACGUCCACGCCGGCGAGCAGCAACAGCAGCAAGUCUGGGCCGCAGCAGGGACAAGUGGACAGGAUCACGCACUUCAUCGUGCCGCCCGAGGGCCCGGCGCCCACGCCGCAGCGCGCCCACACCAACUUGGCUCACAUCGAGAGGGUCACCACGGAGGCCGCACCCGCCAGCAGCACGGCCCCGAGCGCACAACCCUCGGCAAGCACGACGGCGGUGAAGAAGCAGCAGCUGCAGCCGCAGGCAGCAGUCACCAGCAGGACGCCGCCGAGCCGCGGCGUGGCCAAGCCCGGCAACAAGACGUCCACCCAGACGCGGGCGCAGCCACCGCGGGCGCAACCACCGCGUGCGGGCGGUGCGGGCGCCCCCGCCAAGCGCACCCCCCCGAGGCCGUCCGCCCAGCGAGUGCCGCGGCCUCAACAGGCCAGCAGCCGCCUCAAGGAGACCGUGGUGCGCACCAACGUCAACAUCGGCAGCAGCGGGCGCAGGAACGGUCCGGGCCAGGUGGGCCAGGCGUCGGGCCAGGCCUCGGGCCAGGUGCAGACCGGCGUGGCCGUGCCGCGGCCGCCCUCGGACACGGCAGUGCGUGGCGAGGGGAAGGUCACCAUGGAGAGGGUGCUGACGCUCGCCGCCAAAAAGGGCGACGACGUGGAGAUGGUGCAUGUCAAGUCCCCUGACGCCGAGGUCACUGCGUCACCGCCAGGGGCAGGGCCGGCAGGGCAGGACGGGGGGUUGACGAUGACGACAGUGGUCGCGACCACACCCUCGACCAAGUCCACCGCCACCCCGACCAAGUCCUCGACCCCGAAACCCCACCGGACCGUGGCGGUUAAUGCAACCAAGCCCACCAGCACGAAGACCGCCGUUAGCAAGCCGAGCUACAAGCCGACUGGCGUUGCCAGCGUUGCCCUCAAGCCCAACUCCACCAAGCCUAGCCCAACGACUCACAAGCCAGUACCCAUUGCGUCGCCGCCGAAGCCUGCUGCCUCGGUGACCAGACCUGUCAUCGCAAAGCUGGCGGCCAAGACGCCUCAAAAUUCCACCAAAACAAACUUGAGUACAACGUCCAGCAAGCCCCCAACUACAUCAAGCAAACCCGUGACGAAGAACGCCUCAUCGCUGGCGAAGCCCUCUACAGCGAAACCUUUGACAAGACCGCCACCGGCCUCAACGCCAAUCAAGCCCGCUUUGAAGACAGCGGCAGGCAUCACGAGGAAGCCCCCGACGAAGCCUGCGACAAAGCCUCCAACCAAGACCUCCCCCGUCCCGAGGCCAUCUCCAAAGCCCUUCGCGACGACGGAGGCGCGGCCUGCAGCCAGCACCGCGCCCCCGACCACCACCUCCACGACGACCUCCAUCCCCAUGACGUCUCCGCCGCAAAGCCUUCUGGCGGACGCCACCGACGAGCCCCCACCGCCACCGGCACUCGGGGUGGGCUUGGCGCUACCACCGCCGCCCCCAGUCCCCGAGCCCAGCCCGCUGGAGAAGACGGAGGCCCAGCGGAACCGCACGGCGCAGCUGGUGGCGGCCAUUCGCGCCGCCGUGGGGCUGCCGGCCAAGUCCGUGUCGUCGUCCUCCACCAAGCUGGCGGCCAACGCGGUGGGGGCGGCGCUGCCGCACAAGGAGCUGCACAAGGCGCCGCCCACCACCACGCCGUCGACGACCACCACGACGGGCGGCGGUGCGGAAGUUGACGAAGACCUGGCGGACGCCGCCAAUGCCACAGACUGCAGUGAGGGCCUCCAGUGCGGCGACGGCUCCUGCGUGUCCGCCGUGUCGCGCUGCAACCAGCUCGUGGACUGCGUGGACGGCGCGGACGAGCGCGGCUGCUCCUGCGCAGACUACCUCCGCGCCAAGUUCAUGCACCGCAAGCUGUGCGACGGCGUGGUGGACUGCUGGGACUACAGCGACGAGAGCAACUGCGACUGGUGCGAGCCGGGCCGAUACGUGUGCCCUAGCUCCCGCGUCUGCGUCGACAAGUCCAAGCUGUGCGACGGGCAGCGCGACUGUCCGUACGGCGACGACGAGAAGCAGUGCGUCUCCGUGGCCCCGGACGCGCGAGCCGCGGACGACUUCGUGUACCACAACCAAGGGUUCGUGAUGGUGCGGCGCCAGGGCCAGUGGGGCAAGCUGUGCGCGAGGGGCAUCGUCAACGUGGGCGGCGACCCCGGCCCCGGCAGCAAGUCCACGGCCCCCACCCACCCCUGGGGCCCCAUGCAGCUGGGCGAGGUCGUGUGCAAGGCGCUCACUUUCAGCGGCGUGGCGACGGCACAGCUGGUCGACACCGGCGGGGACAAGGCCCAGGACGACACGCCGUUCUUCGAGACAGCCAUCAACGCCCGGAACGCGACGGACGAGAGAAGCAGCAGGCACCAGGCCUUCGUGGAGUCCGAGUGCCCGGGCAGGCAAGCCCUCCGCGUGUCCUGCCAGAGUCUGCUCUGCGGGGAGCGACCCCAGGCCACGUCGCACUGGGCCCGGUCUCACUCGUCCUCGCGGUCCUCGCUGGCGACGGGGCUGACGGGGCGCCGGGCCCGGAUCGUCGGCGGCACCAACUCGGGCCCAGGUGCGUGGCCGUGGCAGGCCGCGCUCUACAAGGAGGGCGAGUUCCAGUGCGGGGCCACGCUCAUCUCGGACCGCUGGCUGCUGUCCGCCGGCCACUGCUUCUACCACGCCCUGGACGACUUCUGGGUGGCGAGGCUCGGCGCGCUGCGGCGCGGCACGGACUUCGCGUCGCCCUACGAGCAGCUGAGGCCGCUGUCCGCCGUCGUGCUCCACCCCGGCUACGUGGACGCCGGCUUCAUCAACGACAUCUCUCUGCUGCGGAUGCGAGAGCCGGUGCUGUUCAGCGACUACAUCCGCCCCAUCUGCCUGCCGUCGCCCAGCGCCGUCCUCAAGGACGGCACCAUGUGCACCGUCGUCGGCUGGGGGCAGCUGUUCGAAGUCGGCCGAGUAUUUCCGGACACCCUGCAGGAGGUACAGCUGCCCACCAUCUCGACGGCCGAGUGUCGCCGCAGGACGCUGUUCCUGCCGCUGUACAGGGUCACGGACAACAUGUUCUGCGCGGGGUUCGACCGCGGGGGGCGGGACGCCUGCCUGGGAGACUCGGGCGGGCCCCUCAUGUGCCAGGAAGCGGACGGCCGGUGGACCCUGCACGGCGUGACGAGCAAUGGGUACGGCUGCGCGCGCGCCGACCGGCCGGGCGUCUACACCAAGGUGGUCAACUACGUGCGCUGGGUGCGCGGCGUGACGGAGGGCGGCGAGGUGUCGCACCAGGUGGCCCAGGCGCUGCGGGACGCCAAGACCGCCUGCAACGGCCACCGGUGUCCCCUGGGCCAGUGCCUGCCCGCCAACCGAGUGUGCAACGGCUUCAUCGAGUGCAGCGACGGCUCGGACGAGAAGGGCUGCUGGUAGGGCCAGUGUCCAGUUCAUCCAGUACGCCUGGAACCCGGCCUGGAACCCCUCGGCAAUGCCCAGGCAAUUUGUUUGCCCCGGCCUGUGGAGCAACGAGGGUCCCCUUUUCUGAUGACUACCUCCUCACUGGACUCAGGACCAGAGUAAUGGCCCUGUGCAACUGCAAUGAAUGUGAUACUCAACAGUUAUGCCCCCAUAGUCUCCAGAAAAUGACUGUCGUGUCCAGGAUGUGGAAUAAUGCCGCAGGAAACCAGGAUAUGUUAGAAUAAAGCUGGAAACAGCGUCUUUUCUGUGCCAAUGGAUUGAUCUUGUAAAGCUUACCAUAACUUAAGUUUGUAUUGUAUUAUAGCUUUAAUUUUUGACUGUUUAGAGGUGAUAAAUGUAGUAAGAGCAUGCAUAUGUCAAUGGAAAUAGAACUGUUUCCUAAGGAAGAGUGAUAUUAAUACAUCUAAGAAGAGUAAUUUUAAUUUUUUAAGUAGUACCUGUUUCAACUUAGUAUUGAAUAUCGAUAGCUUUGAUGUAGCUUUAAGGACUGCAUGCUCAAUCUAAUGUCACACCAUGGCAUUGUGUUCUUAUAGAACCAAUGUACCGCCAUUAAAAUAAUGAUUGUUUGUGUCGAGAUUCCUGCACUUUUCUGAACUUUGCAGUUUGCAAUAGGAAUAGAAUAAAACGAACCAUAAUCCAAAUUAAA